GUUUUAGUUUUUGGUCUCUCUUGGGGUUUGGGUGUUUCUUCCUCCAUUUCCCUCUUUCCAUUCAAACGCCAAACCGAUUCCAAUAUUUCCACAUCCUCAUCGCGCACUGACCAGAUCCUCUAAAAUUGGAGUUUAAAGGCAAGGAGAAAUGUGGGUAUUUUACCUGAUCUCGUUGCCUUUAACCCUAGGCAUGGUUGUUUUCACCUUGAGGUACUUCGCUGGCCCCGAUGUCCCUCGUUAUGUCCGCUUCACCGUCGGAUAUGCUUGGUUCUGUUCUCUCUCCAUCAUCAUUCUUGUGCCCGCCGAUAUUUGGACGACGAUAUCAAAGCCGGAAAAUGCUAAUGAAAAUGGAGGAAUUUCGUUCUUUUGGAGCUGGUCUUAUUGGGGUACCUUUCUCCUUACCUGGGCUGUGGUGCCCCUUAUUCAGGGUUUUGAAGAUGCUGGAGACUUCUCCGUGACUGAAAGAUUGAAGACUAGUGUGCAUGUCAACUUAGUCUUCUAUUCAGUAGUGGGUUCUAUUGGUCUUGUGGGACUUAUUCUCCUCAUCACAAUGAACAGGAACUGGAGUGGUGGUAUCCUUGGUUUAGCUAUGGCCUUGUCCAAUACAUUUGGACUAGUUACAGGAGCAUUUCUUCUUGGGUUUGGCUUGAGUGAAAUUCCAAAGACCCUUUGGAGAAAUGCAGAUUGGACCAUUCGCCAAAAAGUUCUCUCGCACAAAGUUGCCAAAAUGACUAUGAAGCUUGAUGAAGCUCAUCAGGAGCUUUCAAAUGCUAUUGUGGUUGCCCAAGCAACAUCCAAACAAAUGUCCAAGCGUGAUCCUUUGAGACCAUACAUGGAUGUCAUUGAUAAUAUGUUGGCUCAAAUGUUUAGGGAAGACCCAUCCUUUAAGCCACAAGGUGGUAAGUUGGGAGAAAAUGAUAUGGACUAUGAUUCAGAUGAGAAAUCAAUGGCAACACUUAGGCGUCAUCUUAGGCUAGCUCGAGAAGAGUAUUAUCGUUACAAAAGUGAGUAUAUGACCUAUGUCUCAGAGGCGCUUCACCUUGAAGAUACAAUAAAAAAUUACGAAUGUCGUAGUUCAACCGGAUGGAAAUAUGUAUCAAGUUUCAGACCUGGUCGCACUGGGAAGACAGGAACACUCUUAGAUACAAUAGUAUUUAUUUGGCGAUGCAUCCUAUGGAAACAACUAAAGAAGAUUUUGGCUGUUAUACUCGGCAUCAUAUCUGCAGCAAUUCUUUUAGCUGAGGCUACACUUUUACCUAGAGGAGUUGACCUGUCUCUUUUCUCUAUCCUUAUAAAUUCAGUAAAGGAGGAGGAGGUGCUUGUACAGGCCUUUGCUUUUGUACCUUUGAUGUAUAUGUGCAUCUGCACAUUUUCCUUGUUCAAGGUCGGAAUGUUAAUUUACUCAUUAACACCACGGCAGACUAGUUCAGUCAGCUUGCUCAUGAUAUGCUCGAUGGUUGCUCGAUAUGCUCCCCCAAUUUCUUACAACUUUCUCAAUCUUAUUAGCCUUCAUGGUAAAAAGACCAUAUUUGAAAAGCGAAUGGGGAACAUUGAUGAUGCCGUACCUUUCUUUGGAAAAGGGUUCAACAACAUUUAUCCACUUAUCAUGGUUGUUUACACCUUGUUAGUUGCUGGUAAUUUCUUUGAUCAUGUAGUUGGUUUCUUUGGGAACUGGAAGAGACUUAGAUUUCAAACUGAGGCAGAUGAUAUGGAUGGAUUCGAUCCCUCAGGAUUAAUUAUCCUGGAAAAGGAGCGAUCUUGGCUUGAACAAGGAUGCCAGGUUGGUGAACAAGUAAUUCCAUUGGCUAGGAAUUUCAAUGGAGCUGAUAUUGAGCAUGGCAACAAUAUUGCAGAUCGUACAUUUGUAGAAAUGAAGGCAGCAACCAUUUCAGCCACUGGUGGUGUGAAGGGAUCUCCCUCAAGGCCUACGAAAGAAGAAACCCGAAAAUAUGCCUCGAGCAGAGAGGUCAUCAGCAACAAGUAUGCUGCCAUGAGAGAACAGGGUCGAGAAAUGUCAAAUCCAAAACUGAUGGAAAAUAAAACAACCUCUGCUAGGGUCUCAGUGCUUGAAGCAAGCAACUCACAUUCUGGUAGCCAGAAGGGAGGGCCAUCCUCUGGAUUGGCCUCAACAUGGAGGUCAAUGAAAUCCGGUUUCCAAAAUUUUAAAGCAAAUAUUGAAGCCAGAAAGCUUGUCCCUCUACGCCAGAAUCAGGAAGGCAGACUCAUUCCCCCCAUCGGUUCAUCUGAUUCUGAAUCCCUGGACGAGAUAUUCCAGAGACUGAAGCGGCCGUCAGUAGACCACAGCGAUGAAAAUGAAGAGGAGGACGACAAAGAAAUCUAGAUCAAGGAUUCUACACGAUGAUGGUAAUUCAUUCAGAAAAAUGAACUUGUUGCUGUUGCGGAAACUGAUACGGAAUGUACAGAUCAAAUGGCCCCCCGAAUAUUUACAGUCGUGAGGUAGUAGUGAAGGGAACGCGUUUUUGCUGCAUUGGAGUCGGCAGCAGGAAAUUUCAGACUAAUACAAUAGGGGACAAAAAUCAUUCCCCUUGAUUAAAAGCUAUUUCUGUAAUUUGAACCGAACACAGGCAUUCAGCUUCUUAUACGUGAUAUAUAGUAUUGUGUUUCUUCA